CAUUUCAAGAGAUAUCGCACAAAACAUAUGAAGCUGUUUCCCGAACUCUAUAGAAGCGACGUAACGAUUCAUCCCAGUUACACGAAGCUCAAAAAUUUACCUUACGUUGGAAUGUCACCAAGGAUCACGAUCGUCCCAGAUUUCGCGACGGAGAAGGAACGCCGACGUAUCGAAGAGAUAUUACGUUAUUCAUAAGUAAAUGAUUAAUAAUUGUACGUGCGUGUAUAUAUCUACGUAAUUCGUAUUAUCAAAUCUUACGUAUCUAUUGUUAUGAAUCACGUGGACGCACAUACAAAGCAAAAAUAAAUGACCUUUAUAUACCAGCAAUCGAUUACUUGUCAUUCAAAUACAAUUAUAUUCAUCGUUAACCGUACUCUACUUUCGUCCUUGAAAAUACGCUUCUGCCUACAUAAUUUUCUUUCCUCUCAGCUAGUUCUUUAUAUUACACAUGUCUUUUUUUUUUGCAACAUUCGUUCCUCCAACAUAAUACAAUUUUAUUAAAUUAAUUUUUAUUUAUACCCUCUAUAUAUACAUAACACAUUGUCAUUUUCAGUCGACUGUAGAAAUCGCUUUUUCGAUUAUUUUAAUAAACGAAGAAAGAUUUAUACAGUGUGAAAAUAAAAAAAAAAAAAAAAAAAGAAAGACGUAAUAUCGUUGACACUUAUACUAUUAUCUUCGAAUCGAUGAUUGAAAAUCAUUUUAAAGAUAUCAAGAACAUUAAGGAUGUACCGUAAGUCCUAUCAAAGUGGAUUUUUAUCAAUCUUGUUUAGCUGUGGAUCAGCCCCUUUGGAAUCAUGGGGCAUGCACGUAAAGAACGGAUAUAUAAGACGGGUCAUCGACGAAGAGGUAAAAUCAUUAGCGUUGGAAUUAGCUGGAACUAAUGUGGCAACAACCUACAUUUUUUGUCCAGCAGAGAAGAAAAAGGUUCUUGGAAUUUCAUUACCUUUUUUAAUAAUGAUUAUUAAGAAUAUGAAGAGAUAUUUCACCUUCGAGAUAACCAUUCUUGAUGACAAGAACAUGCAUAGAAGAUUUCGUGUAAGCAAUUUUCAAAGUACUACAAGGGUCCGUCCAUUUUGUACGACCAUGCCAAUUGGUUUAUCCGGGGGAUGGAAUCAAAUACAAUUUAAUUUAGCUGAUUUUACACGGCGUGCUUACGGCAGUAAUUACGUCGAAACGAUGAGGAUGCAAAUACACGCAAAUUGUAGAAUUCGACGAAUAUAUUUUGCGUCUAGAUUGUACAGUGACGAGGAAUUACCAGCUGAAUAUAAAUUGUUUUUACCUAUACAUCGAAAGAAAUGUGUCAGAGAGAAAGUUGACGUUACAAAAAUUAGUAAACACGAGAAACCAGAGAUCGAAGAACCACCAGUAUUAUAUAAAACUCCGUCCGAACAAAUUAUUAAAGAAGAAAUCAAAAAAGAUGUUGAAGCUGAAAUUCCACCGGAAGUUCCAUUACCACCAGAAGAAGUCCAUAUUCCUGAAACCGAAGUACCGAUCGAAGAUGAAAUGGAAGAGGAUGAAUAUGAGAUAGAACAUGAAUAUGGAAUCGAUGAUAGACAUUUAUUUGAAGAGGAAGACACUGCAAUAGCAGCUAUCGGGACAGCUGUCGAGGCAAUUACCGAGGAACAUGAAGAAGAGGAUGAUUUUAUCUUAAAUGAAAUGGCCAUGGAAGAUGAGGGCUAACCGG